GCGGCGGCCGCGGCGGCUUAGUCGGUGGCGGCGGCAGUGGCGGCGGCUGCGGGCUGAGCGGCGAGUUUCCGAUUUAAAGCUGAGCUGCGAGGAAAAUGGCGGCGGGCGGAUCAAAAUACUUGCUGAACAGUGGAGUCACAGACCAAUAAAAAUAAGCUCCUACUUGAACGUCAUUUGACUGGUUAGCCAGCAUUCUUUCUUAGUUGCUGAUGUACUGGCACAAUGAGCGGAAUAGGAGAAAACUCCUUGGAUCCACUGGCCCCUGAUUCACGAAAACGCAAAUUGCCGUGUGAUACCGCAGGACAGGGCCUUACCUGCAGUGGUGAAAAGUGGAGGCGGGAGCAGGAGAGCAAAUAUAUUGAAGAACUGGCUGAACUGAUAUCUGCUAAUCUUAGUGAUAUUGACAAUUUCAAUGUCAAACCAGAUAAAUGUGCAAUUUUAAAGGAAACAGUAAGACAGAUCCGUCAAAUAAAAGAGCAAGGAAAAGCCAUUUCCAAUGAUGAUGAUGUUCAGAAAGCUGAUGUUUCCUCUACGGGGCAGGGAGUUAUUGAUAAAGAUUCCUUGGGACCACUUUUACUUCAGGCGUUGGAUGGUUUCCUGUUUGUGGUGAAUCGUGAUGGAAACAUUGUAUUUGUGUCAGAAAAUGUCACACAGUACCUGCAGUAUAAGCAAGAAGACCUGGUUAACACAAGUGUCUACAGUAUCUUGCAUGAAGAAGACAGAAAGGAUUUCCUUAAAAACUUACCGAAAUCUACAGUCAAUGGAGUUGCCUGGACAAAUGAGACCCAGAGACAAAAGAGCCAUACUUUUAAUUGCCGUAUGCUGAUGAAAACACCACAUGAUAUUCUGGAAGACCUAAACACUAACCCUGAAAUGCGCCAGAGAUACGAAACAAUGCAGUGCUUUGCCCUGUCUCAGCCGCGAGCUAUGAUGGAGGAGGGGGAAGAUUUGCAAUCCUGUAUGAUCUGUGUAGCACGCCGCAUUACUACAGGCGAAAGAGCAUUUCCUUCAAACCCUGAGAGCUUUAUUACUAGACACGAUCUUUCAGGAAAAGUUGUCAACAUAGAUACAAAUUCACUGAGAUCCUCCAUGAGGCCCGGCUUUGAAGAUAUUAUCCGAAGGUGUAUCCAGAGAUUUUUUAGUCUUAAUGAUGGUCAGUCAUGGUCCCAGAAACGUCACUAUCAAGAAGCUUAUAUCCAUGGCCACGCAGAGACCCCAGUGUAUAGAUUCUCAUUGGCUGAUGGAACCAUAGUGACUGCACAAACCAAAAGCAAGCUCUUCCGAAAUCCUGUCACAAAUGACCGGCAUGGCUUUGUCUCAACCCACUUUCUUCAGAGGGAACAGAAUGGGUACAGACCGAACCCGAACCCUGUUGGACAGGGCACUCGGCCUCCAGCAGCUGGAUGCAGCAGUUCGGUGGGCGGCAUGAGCGUGUUGCCACACCAAGGCUUACAGGUGCUGAGCGGUAGGCCCUGUGGCUUGGCCGGCCCCAGCUCCACGGGGCAGAUGAAUGUGCCUCGCUACGGGGCACCCGGUACUGUCGCCUCACUGAACCCUGGGCCAGGAAUGCAGUCUCCCUCCUCCUACCAGAACAACAGCUGUGGCCUCAACAUGAGUAGCCCCCCCCAUGGGAGCCCUGGCCUUGGCUCCAGCCAGCAGAACAUCAUGAUUUCCCCUCGUAAUCGUGGGAGUCCGAAGAUGGCCUCACAUCAGUUUUCUCCCGUUGCAGGUGUGCACUCGCCCAUGGGAUCUUCCAGCAGUACUGGGAGCCACAGCUUUUCUAGUAGCUCUCUGAGUGCUCUUCAAGCUAUCAGCGAGGGUGUGGGGACUUCUCUUCUCUCCACUCUGUCUUCACCAGGCCCCAAGUUGGAUAACUCUCCCAAUAUGAACAUAAGCCAGCCAAGUAAAGUGAACAGUCAGGAUUCCAAGAGUCCUUUGGGCUUGUAUUGUGACCAGAAUCCAGUGGAGAGUUCAAUGUGCCCGUCAAACAGCAGGGAUCACCUCAGUGACAAAGAAAGUAAGGAGAGCAGCAUCGAAGGGUCAGAGAAUCAGAGGGGUCCUCUGGAAAGCAAAGGUCAUAAAAAAUUACUGCAGUUACUGACCUGUUCUUCUGAUGACCGGGGCCAUUCCUCCUUGACCAACUCCCCCCUGGAUUCAGGUUGCAAAGACUCUUCCAUUAGUGUCACCAGCCCCUCUGGGGUCUCCUCUUCGACCUCUGGAGGAGUGUCCUCCACCUCCAAUAUGCAUGGGUCACUGCUGCAGGAGAAACACCGGAUCCUGCACAAGCUGCUGCAGAACGGGAACUCCCCGGCAGAGGUAGCCAAGAUCACCGCCGAGGCCACAGGGAAGGACACCAGUAGUUCAGCGUCUUGUGUGGAAGGGAGUGUCAAGCAGGAGCACCUGAGUCCUAAGAAGAAGGAAAGUAAUGCGCUUCUUAGAUACCUGCUGGACAGGGACGAUGCUAGCGAUGCUCUCUCUAAAGAACUGCAGCCCAAAGUGGAGGGAGUGGACAGUAAAGGGGGUCAGUGCAGCAGCUCCGCCGUCCCUAGCUCGAGUCAAGAGAAAGACUCUAAAAUUAAGACAGAAACGAAUGAAGAGGGAUCUGGAGAUUUGGAUAAUCUAGAUGCUAUUCUUGGUGAUCUGACUAGUUCUGACUUUUACAGUAAUUCCGUAUCCACAAAUGGUAGUAAUCUUGGAACCAAGCAGCAGAUGUUUCAAGGAACUAAUUCUCUGGCAGGUUUGAGGAGCCCACAGUCUGUGCAGUCCAUCCGUCCUCCGUACAGCCGAGCCAUGUCCCUCGAUAGCCCUGUGUCUGUCGGCUCAAGUCCUCCAGUAAAGAGUGUCAGUGCUUUCCCCGUGUUACCGAAGCAGCCCAUGCUGGGUGGGAAUCCGAGAAUGAUGGACGGUCAGGACAAUUAUGGCUCAACUAUGGGUGGACCAAACAGAAAUGUGACCGUGAAUCAGACUGCUUCCUCAGGUGACUGGGGCUUACCCAACCCAAAGAGCAGUAGAAUGGAACCAUUGAACUCCCCUUCCAUGGGAAGGCCAGGAGCGGAUUACAGCGCUGCUUUACCCAGACCUGCGAUGGGUGGCUCGAUGCCCACAUUGCCUCUUCGGUCCAACAGCGUCCCAGGUGUGAGACCAACGUUGCAGCAGCAGCAGCAGCAGCAGCAGCAGCAGCAGCAGCAGCAGCUGCUUCAAAUGCGGCCCGGUGAAAUUCCCAUGGGAAUGGGGGUCAGUCCGUACGGCCAGGCAGCACCGUCUAACCAGCCAGGUUCCUGGCCAGAUGGCAUGUUGUCCAUGGAACAAGGCCCUCAUGGGACCCAAAAUAGGCCGCUUCUUCGGAACUCCCUGGAUGACCUCCUGGGGCCACCCCCUAGCCUGGAAGGGCAGAGUGAUGAGCGGGCGUUGUUGGACCAGCUGCACACCCUCUUGAGCAACACGGAUGCCACGGGCCUGGAAGAAAUUGACAGAGCUCUGGGCAUCCCUGAACUUGUAAAUCAGGGACAAGCUUUGGAGUCCAAACAGGAUACCUUCCAAGGCCAAGAAGCGGCAGUGAUGAUGGAUCAGAAGGCGGCACUAUACGGGCAGACAUACGCGGCACAGGGGCCUCCGAUGCAAGGAGGCUUUAAUCUUCAGGGACAAUCACCAUCUUUUAACUCUAUGAUGAGUCAGAUGAGCCAACAAGGAAGUUUUCCUCUGCAGGGAAUGCACCCACGGGCCAGCAUCAUGAGGCCCCGGACCAGCACCCCGAAGCAGCUCCGAAUGCAGCUUCAGCAGAGGCUGCAGGGCCAGCAGUUUUUGAAUCAGAGCCGUCAGGCACUGGAAAUGAAAAUGGAAAACCCCGCUGCUGGGAGCGCAGCAGUGAUGAGGCCCAUGAUGCAGCCCCAGGUAAACCCCCAGCAGGGUUUCCUUAAUGCCCAGAUGGUCGCCCAGCGCAGCAGAGAGCUGCUCAGUCACCACUUCCGGCAGCAGAGAGUGGCCAUGAUGAUGCAGCAGCAGCAGCAGCCCCAAGCCUUCAGCCCACCCCCCAACGUGACCGCCUCCCCCAGCAUGGAUGGGGUGCUGGCCGGGCCUGGGGUGCCGCAAGCCCCGCCCCAGCAGUUUCCAUAUCCGCCGAAUUAUGGGAUGGGACAACAGCCAGAUCCAGCUUUUGGGCGAGUGUCUAGUCCUCCCAGUGCAAUGAUGCCCUCGAGAAUGGGGCCCUCCCAGAGCCCCAUGAUGCAGCACCCCCAGACCGCGCCCAUGUACCAGUCCUCGGAGAUAAAAGGCUGGCCGUCAGGAAACCUGGCCAGGAACAGCUCCUUUCCCCAGCAGCCGUUUGCCCACCAGGGGAGCCCCGCGGCGUACGGGAUGGUGCACAUGAAUGGCAGUGCUGGUCCCAUGGGGCAGGUGAACGUGAGCCCCAUGCCCAUGUCCGGCAUGCCCAUGGGCCCUGAUCAGAAAUACUGCUGACGCGUCUGCACCGCCAGGGACAUCACUGCGGGAGUGACGCUGCGCCAGGCUUGUUGGGAAUGAGGACUGUGUCCCACACCCGGCUCUGAAGACGGAAGCCGCUUUGAUCUCUGUGGAGGGCGCCCCGUAUGGUGUCAGUGGAGCAGGACUGGGUUUGAAAUUGCAGUGCGAUGUCUACCUGUAUUCUUCCUCCUUCUGUGUAUCAUGGAAUUCAAAACGGAUAGUUGUUGACCUUCUUCCUCUUAGGGAUGUGAUUCUGGAGGUACGGAGUUACUGAUCACAAAACUCACCUGUGUCACUUCUUUCUGCCUGGCUGUCGUGGCGUUGCACAUCAGUGUGGGCGGGCUAGAGAACACUGGCCAUGUCUGGAGAGAGCAGGGUGCCUGGUCUGUCUGGUGGCGGUGCCAGGCGAGGAGCACGGUCCCACACGUCACGUGUCCUUGUCGCCGUCGGCUCGUUGCGUGUUCUCACCCUCUGUCCUGAGAAGUUGGUAUUUCUGAAUUCUUGUCCUUUAAUGGUUGUGUUGAGUUGCUCCGAUCCUGUUCUCAGUUGUCCUGGACUCUUUCCUAAAUAGGAAUUUCCUCUGUCCCCAGCGUCCUGUAAUACUUCGCCUCCAGGAACUGUCCUUCAUGUCAGAUGGCUUUGCAGAAGGGGGAACGAGAUGACAGUAUUUAAUUGCAGCAGUAGCAGUUUUUCACAGGUUUGUGUGCAGCCGAGUGCACUUUAUUUAAAAAGUGAUGGACAAAUGCAAUACUCCGGAGGUCUUGAGGAAACGGCGAGCCACAUUCCCUCCCGGUUUCGUCUGAACGAAGCAGUUAGACGAGAACGGUGAUUGUUUUGUCGUCGCUGAGAGUGCCGGUGUCACCCUUUGCCUAUAUGGUAGAGCAAUAAUGCUUUUUGAAAAUAAACUGCAGAAACCCCAGGCUAGGUGCUGCGUUCUGAAUCAGAAUCUUGCAGUGUUUCUGUGAACAGAGUUGCUUUUGUAAAUACGGUCUUUAAGGUAUUGUAUUAUGUAAAAUAUGUAUAUACCUUUUUUGCAGGUCACACCAACUCAUUUUUACAGAGUUUGUGAAGCUAAGUAUUUAACAUUGUUGACUUUGGAGAGCUUAGUGCUGUGAGGCUGCAAACUGCAGAGGCAGCCGCUGCAUUGUUUGGCUUGGGGGAGGGGGAACUGUGGUCUGCAGCAACCCCCCCCCCAAAUCCCAUGUUAGGUGGUUCCCUUUCAAUCUCCUAAAUCUUAAAUGCUUUUUAAAAGGUCAUUUGUUUAGAUGCAGGCAUUUUAAAUUUGUCUUUUUAAAUUCCUCUGCCGGAACUAAGCACUUUGUUAAUUUUAGAGGAAAGAAUAGAUACGGGGAAAUAAACUUUAAAAAAAAAAUCAAGAAUUUUAAAAGAUCAAGCGAUUUAACAAAGAAUCUUGGAUGUUAAGUGGUCCAUAAAUCAAUAGGAAUCCAUAGUAUUUUGUGUUUUAAUUGAAAUAUAUUGCCUCUCACACGUUGCAGGAGUCACCCUAAGGUUUUGGUUGCUGGGACCCAAAUCCCACCUUGAGCCCUCAGGGGUGGAACCCUUGACGUGUGGCUUCCGGUGUCCCCUUGGCUCUCUGUCUCUGUGAUGUGCCCUCGUCCCUGAGAACUAGAGCGGCUGCAUGGUGGAUUCCUAGGAAGCUCACCCCCAGGGUAGCCAGGUUUACGAGUCUCAGAGCUGGAGCCCAGCGGAGCCCAUGCCCGUCCCCACUCUGCCCUCGCUGCCCCCGCCCCUCUGCACUGUUGCCAGGCUUUGACACUUGUUUUAGUCCGUUGGGGAUAGAGAAAAAAGUCCAUUUAAUUCCUCUUACCUGGUUUAUUUUAUUAGCUUCAGAUAAAUAGUUGAGUGAAGUUGGGUUCUAAACAUGUCUGUGAGUCUCCAGGGUCUCUGCUAGCUUUGGGGUCAAGUUCUUAGCAAUAACCGAGAGCCAGUUAGUUUUUCUUUUAUUUCAUACACGUUGAGGCAAUUUUUCUAGAUGUCUCCGAAGGUAAGAUCAUUUCUUUGAUUUCUGGGUAAGUGAAGCCUGUAUUUCCAGAACCACCAGUGGAAUAGAUUUGGGUGUGACCCCCCCGUCCCCCACCACCCAGUUAACAGUAAGUCUAAGACUGUAAAUCUGUCAGCUUCCAUCACAGCGGCCUGCACUUUUCAGACCCCAUGUCCUCCUGCCCGGAGCCGCGGCGUCGGGUGGCUCUGACCUUUCUUGUUUAAGUCACGUGUGCGCUGGGGGAGACAGAAGGUGCUCUUACCUUUCUUGACUUUUAAAAAGUAAAAACAACAAAAUACAAAUUUUUUGAUUCUUUUCCUCAGUCCCGGCUCCAGGCUACCUGGAGGGCGGUGUCCCCUUUUUAUAUGGAAAAAAAAGUUUAUUAUAAGUUUUUAUAUUUUCUACUUGUUCGUUUUAUUGGUGCAGACUUAAAAAUUUGAUCUUUCUUUUAAUAGAUGCCGUCUUUUGAAAUCAUUUGUUUUUACUUUUAUUGCCCUUUUAUCUUUUUUGGGUAAUUCUCUUUGUACUCUGGCUGCCUACCUCUCCUCACCCCCACCCCCCUUUUUUUAAACCUUGGUAUCCGUUUCAUCUGCUUUUAGAACGUGUGAUAUUUCCAGUACCUACUUUUUUGCUGAGUCCAAAGAUAUAUAAAUAUAAAUAUAUAUAUAUUUUAUAAAGAUCUAAGUGAUAUAAAGGAGAUAACGUUUCUUCCUUUAUGCAAACAGAGAGGAAGUCGUCGUUAAUGUUCAUAUUAUGAUGUCGCUUUUCUAAGUUGUGCAUCUUGAUGGGAAGGUGUAAAUAUCAAUCGCCAGGACUGCGUAGUUACUUGGUAUUUAAUGUCUAGGUGAGUUGGGGGUAUGGGUGGGGGUCGUACGGAACACAGGUGCUUGCCAUCUGCCGUGGGCUGCCUGUCCACACGCCUGUCCGGCUCCAGGAGUUUGAGUCACGAGUGGGGCGUCCCAGGUGUGAGGCCUGCAGGACGGUGGAUCCCCUGCUUCAGGAGGGACAGGAGCUGCCAUUCAGCUCCAAGGCCAACCGUUUGACAGUAACGACAAGGUAGUUUGUUCGUUCUCUCUCUCUCUUGCCAGUGUGUGGAAUUGCGAUGGUGGAAAUGUCUUUCUGAGAGCAAUAUUUAAAAUUCUCAGGAAUUGGCGUAUAGUAUUGAGAAUGAAUUCAGUUUCAAUCAAGUUUACAUUAAAUGUUGGUUUUAAAAAUCUAAGUCAUUCUUUACACGGCAAAGAACACAGACCACAGGGGGUACUUGUGAGACGGACGGCUUUGCCGAUCAUUUUGAUGUCUCUGUAAAUAAAGGUUUCUAUUUAAAAUCGAA